CAUUGCUGGUGGCCGAUCCAAGGCGGUCUGAACCGAAGAAGGCCGGAGGUCCCGGUGCUCGUGCAAGGGUUUCCGCUGAUUUGGUGCGGAUAAACUUCUCUGCCAUUUGAGUGUGGUAUUCUCCGGCAACUAGCAGCUCAGCAUGGCAUCAGGUAGAUCCCAAAUGCAAGAUACCGAGGGACGGCAAGAGAAAUAUGGUGUUGAUCCAUCGACGGAGGGAAGCAGACAGAUGGAGAAGCUUAUCGAUCAGUACGAUGGGCUGGGAUUGGGUCCAGAGGUGGAUGAAUUGCUCCUGGAUGAUGACGUUGAAGGCAGAUCCGAGGCCACAGGCGGGGAUUGUAUGGCUCUCGGCUGGGCAAAAAACGGGGAAGAGGCGGGAUGGAACAACCAGGUCUGCCAAAACCAUGAAGAUCUGGUACUUUCUGCUGGUUGAGGAACAUUUAAACUUUAAUUUUGCUAUUUUUAUUUUUGGUUUUUGUUACAAACUACAUGUGGUUUUGUUUGUUUUUGUUUUCAAUAACGUUAAAACUCUAGAACAUAAGACUGGUGAUGGGGAUGAGUCUAGUUUGCCAGUCAUUGGCUCAAGUAAGCCCAAUUCAGGAUCAACAAAUCUGGUUGCUUCUUUCGAGGUGACAGUGGGCUCUUUGUCCGUUUGUACCCUGCUUACGUUCUUUCUUAUUAAUAUAAGUCACAUUCUUC